CGAACUCUCACUCACCCCACCAAGCUCAACAAACGACAGCGUUUUCCUUUACCCACCAUCAGCCUCCGCUCCCGCCCUUUACAGUAAUUCUCCGCAAGAUGGUCCGCAACAUUGUCGUUCUCGGCGGAUCCUCGCACCCCGAACUCGCCUACAUGAUCUGCCAGCAGCUCGGAAUUCCCAAUGGGCGCAUCACGUUGAGCAAAUUUGCAGUUGGCGAGACCCGCGUCGAGAUCCAAGACUCGGUCCGCGGCAAAGACGUCUUUGUGAUCCAGUCCGGGUGUGGCCGCGUAAACGACAACGUGGUGGAGCUGCUGAUCACCAUCUCGGCGUGCAAGACCGCGUCGGCCAAGCGGGUCACCGCCGUGCUGCCACACUUCCCGUACUCCCGCCAGAGCGACAUUCCAUACAACAAGACUGGGGCGCCCCUCGCAAAGCAUGGAAACACCGGCGGCAGCAAGGAUUUCACCUUCGAGAGUCGGCCGGUCACCCCGGGCCCCCCCCACCAUGACCACCACGGGCCGGCGUUCUCGCACAGCGGUCUGGAGCGCGAGUUGAGCCGGCUCACCGUCGAGAGGAACUCGGACACCGGAGUCAAUGGCAUCGCGGGCACAAACGGACGCAACCCGUCGGCGUCGGUGCCGGGCACUCCCCUCCGCCGCACUAACACCGCCGAGUCCACGCCGGCCGGCGGAAACGGCUACAACAGAGCUCCCAAUGGCUUCAAUAACGACUAUGCGCCCAACCGUGCUAACACGGGAUACAAGCAGUGGGUUGCUCAGGCCGGAACCCUCGUCGCCGACCUCCUCACAUGUGCUGGCGCCGACCACAUCAUCACCAUGGACCUUCAUGACCCCCAGUACCAGGGCUUCUUCGACAUCCCCGUCGACAACCUGUACGGCCGUCCGCUGCUGCAGCGCUGGAUCAAGUACAACAUUCCCGACUACCAAAACGCCGUGAUCGUCUCUCCGGACGCCGGUGGAGCCAAGCGCGCCACCGCCAUCGCCGACGCCCUCGGAAUGGAAUUUGCGCUGAUCCACAAGGAACGUCGUCCGACACGAAUCACAGAGCGGCAAAACGCGACGAUGAUGUUGGUGGGGGAGAUCCGCGGCAAAGUCGCGAUCCUGGUAGACGACAUGGCAGACACGUCAAACACGAUCACGCGGGCGGCGAAGCUUCUGAAGACGAAAGGCGGGGCGACAAAAGUGUACGCGCUGGUGACGCACGGCGUGUUCUCCGGCGACGCUAUCGAACGUAUCAACGCCUCCGCCCUCGACAAGGUCAUCUGCACCAACUCUGUCCCCCAGGAGGAGCACCGCAGACAUUGUCCCAAGCUCCAGGUCCUCCCCGUCCAUGAGGUCUUUGCUGAGGCCAUUAGACGCGUGCAUCAUGGUGAGAGUAUUAGUGUUUUGUUUAGACAGGAGUAGUUGGAUGGCGCGCUAGUUAGCGGGAUUUGUUAAUAGGAUUAUGGGAGUUUGGUGCGGUUGGGUCUGGUCUGGGUUGGGGGGAAAAGCGGUUGUUUUCUUCUAGGUUCUAGGUAUUGAUUGAUUGGUACGGAUUUUCUGUUACGUUGGGUUGGAUUGCUUGCUGUGUUGCUGUGUUGUGCUGUGAUGUACAUGACGAUGUUUGCGUGGUGGGAUCACUUGCUGUGGAAUAGGAGACUUUCUGUUGUGUUUUACAGUACUUAACCAUGAAAAUGUCCAACCAUAUACCCAC